UGUUGCACGACUUUCGAUCAGGCUUUUUCAGAACCGACCGUCGACAAGGACUAUUGACGUUUGUGGCAGGGGCUAUAAUUAAUAGAAUGGAUAUAACCUUGUCACGUUACGUACUUAUCAUAACCUGCUCGGCUGGUUUGGUCGCACUAUCUUUGGGACAGUCAUCUAUGAUGGGACAAAAGCGCCAUUCAGCGGAGUCUGGCGAUCAUACAGCAGAGUUCUCCUCUGGCAAGUAUCACGACUACAUCAUAGUUGGCGCAGGCCCAUCCGGGCUACAGCUCGGCUACUUUCUCCAGCGGGCCGGGCGAGACUACCUCAUCCUAGAAAAGGGGGACUCCGCCGGUACCUUCUACAAGACGUACCCCCGUCAUAGGAAGCUGAUCAGCAUCAACAAGCGCUACACAGGCAAGACGAACAAGGAGUACAACAUGCGCCAUGACUGGAACAGCCUGCUCAGUGACGACGAGACUCUGCGCAUGACGCAGUACUCGGAGGAAUUCUUUCCUAGUGCAGACAUCUACGUACAAUACCUGAACGACUUUGCGAGGAAACUGCGACUUAAGAUACAGCACGGAGUCAAUGUGCAAAGAAUCUGGAAGACGGGUAACAAGAAAGAGGGCUUCUAUAUCCGAGAUCAGCACGGCAAUGUCUUCACGUGCAGGUAUCUAGUCGUGGCGACGGGGAUUUGGGUUCCAAACGAGCCUGACUUUGUUGGAAAGGAACAUGUCACAGGGUACGAGAACAUGACACUGAACCUGAACUUUUACAGGGGGAAGACGGUCCUUAUUCUGGGGAAAGGAAAUUCCGCGUUCGAAACAGCUGACUACAUUCAACCCGUGACUAACUUCGUCCACCUGUUCUCUCGGUCUCGAGUGAAGCUUGCCUGGGAAACACACUAUGUAGGUGACCUCAGGGCUAUCAACAACGGUUUGAUUGACACCUAUCAGCUCAAAGCUCUGGAUGGCGUCCUGUACACGGACAUCAACAACAUGCAGGUCAUCAAGCAUGGCGACCGGUUCAGUGUCAGACUGGUGAACGACACAGAACACAGGGGACUGCACGAUAACUUCGCAGCCAGGUCCCCGUAUGACGUCAUCAUCCGGGCACUUGGCUUCCACUUCGACGCCAGCAUUUUUCACAGGAGCAUCAUUCCUAAGCUUGGCGAAGGUGAAAAGAAGAAGUAUCCUGCCAUUAAACCAAACUACGAGUCCAUGAACGUGGAGGGUCUGUUUUUUGCUGGCACCAACACUCACUCCCUCGACUUCCGCAAGUCUGCUGGUGGUUUUAUUCACGGGUUUAGAUACACAACUCGUGCUCUCCAUCAUCUUUUAGAGUGGAGAAAUCACAAGAUUCCAUGGCCUUCUACAGCGCUCCGUACUACCCAGGUCAUGAACACGCUUCUGAAGAGAAUGAACGAAGCCUCAGGACUUUACCAGAUGUACAGCGUGCUGGGAGACAUUAUCAUCGUCAAUGAUACUGGCGCUGUGUACCUGGAGGAAGUUCCGGUCCAACUGCUGCCACAACUUGAGACUGCCACAGGACAUCUAGCUCCCAACAAAGUCAUUGUCAUGGUGAUGGAGUUUGGUAAAAACUUUUCAGGCCCCGGUACAGAUCCAUUGCGACGCGGCACUGCAACCACAGUACCCAAAAACGCACACUUGGCAGGGUUCCUUCAUCCUGUGCUUUACUACUACUCACACUUACCCACAGAUGAUGACAUGCUACGCCGGCCCUCGAAGUGGAUUCUGCCUCGACCAACCAGGCUCCACCACGUCAUCGAAGACUUUCUGUUCGACUUCAGCUCUCCAGUGAGUCACGUCCUGCAUCUGAGGCGGUUCUUGGACACUGUGUUUGGAUAUGACACAAGAAACUACUUCGCAGGCUCGUGUUUCAAGAUGGCGAUGACCCACACCAGUGUUCCCAAGACUUGCCAGGACCAGUACCUACGCGGUGAAGGGUUAACACACGCCAGCCACUGUGAAGCCUCUGCUGUCACACAGUCCACUACUAAGUAACUUCGACAGCUGAAGCCCAAAUUUGUUAUUUUAACAAAUCUGAAUGUCUAAACCCUACACUAUCUCAUCAAUAUAGAUUUCUCAUAUAAUUUUCCAAACAAAUGCUUCUACAUAUCUUUUAGGAUAUUGGAUAGACAUUGCUGAACUUGGCCUGCUAUUAGAGUGAUAGUUAAGAAGUCUCCAGUUCACAAUUUAUCAUUGUGACCUCCAUUUUUUAAAUCGAUGAUGAAUAUCAGCUAUGCACAGUGUUUAAAGUCCUUUUUUGCUGUGUCACUGUAUAACGUGUAUAGUUUGCGUAGCUAAGCUUUUCAAAAUCUUUUAUACGUCGCGAUACAGGUUCGACAUAUCUACUAGGUAAUAUGAUAUGCCAAAUAGCAUUUACUCCAAAAUCCUAUUGCUUGAAUAACAACUAUUUGGCGAUAUUAAUCCAUUAUCUAUGAGUCAGUAAUACAUACAUACGCAGAUUUAUUAUAUAUUAUAAAUAAUAAGAAAUAUGUUACAUUACCCUACAUUUGUAUACAGUUACAUGGUGCAAUGUAUGGUGAUUUUUACGAUUGUUGGAAAUUAAUCUACUGUACUGUCCUUUCUACCAUCACGAAAGAAAUGGCCACCUAAUUCCACCCUAAUUCAUCCGGCUUUACAAACAAAACGAAAAUGACUCUCCUCAUAACAUCACAAAAAUC